UCCCCCGGAUGGCAUCGCGCAGCCCAGUUGUUUUCAUCCAGCAAGUUCGAAUGAAUACGCGUAGAAUCAUUCCAUAUUGAAUAUUUCCUUUCAUUUGCCCAGGCCUUAGUUGUAGGACCCACAUUUUCACAGGCAUCGUUUAUUCCGCACCUUUUUUGUUGACGGAAGUAGGAAAUGUGCAGUGUAGAAAACCAAACUAUUUAAUUAUUCAUAAUUGUACAAAUGGACUAUAAGCUUGGUAUUACAAUUGUAUUUCAUAUUUUGCUCUUAACAAGGCGACUUGCCUUAUUACAACGGAUAGCCACGGGUUCAGAACAGAGCGGAGGCUGGUCCUCUAAUUCAGGUAGUUUGACGGAUGACGGCUCAUGCAACAUAGACAUCUUGGAUGGGGUGUCCUUGUCAUAUCGCGAAUUCAUUGAUAGAUAUGCAUACUCAAAGCCUGUAAUUCUCAGAAGUGUCACCGACAAUAUGAAAUUCCAAUUCUUAUGCUCCAAAUCCAAUUUACUUCAAGAGUAUGGAGAUCGUAAAGUUAGGCUCAGCACAGCAAACACAUUCUCCUACAAGAAGGUGGAUGUCCCUUUCAAAGAGUUUGUAGACUUGCUACUGAUGCCCCAGGCAGAGGACACUCUGGGCAGCGGUGAGUACAGGUGCUUUCAGCAGAUCUUGGUACACAGACAUGUCAAGGGAAGCACUGCUAAUGAGGGAGCUCUUCUACCUGGUCUCUUAACAGAUACACUGUAUUUCUUUGGAGAUAAUAACUUCACUGAGUGGCACUCCCUGUUUGAGAACUACAAAGCACCACCCUACUUGCUGCCUCAGACAACUGGAGCAUAUAGCUUUGGCAUUGCAGGUCCAGGGACAGGGGUACCUUUCCACUGGCAUGGGCCUGGCUACUCUGAGGUCAUCUACGGCAGGAAGACAAAGCCCCUCAUUUCCACCCAAACCACACCACUCUGUCCUGGGUGAGGGACGUGUCUCCACACCUGCCUGAGGAGGAGAGGCCGCUGCAGUGCACCAUCCAGCCUGGAGAGGUGGGAGCAGCUCACCUGAGGCGUCACACACUUUAUUUCAAAUAGAAAUCAGUCAAAUAAAACAUUCAAAGUAAAAUGUUGGAACCCUCUUAGGCCAGUAUUUAGUUCAAACCUGCUUUGAAUAUGAAUUUACAAUGUGGACUAACGUGAAAAAUAUUGUGUGUUUACUGAUAGGUUCUGUAUUUCCCAGACCGCUGGUGGCACGCAACUCUCAAUUUGGAUACGUCUGUUUUUAUCUCCACGUUCCUGGGCUGAGCCC